GAACCAAUGGCUGGCGCAAGGUGGUCAGGAGCGCUGAAACGCGACAAAAGACGGUGGACGAAGCAGACAAGGAAAAAAAAAAAGAAAGAAGUGCCGAUAGGGGCAUAGCUUGAUGGACAAAAGGGACAGGAGCUUCAUAGGAGCGCCCAGAGAAAUUCCAGAGUCAGGGAACUAUCGGGCUUUGGGUGUGCGUCAGUUUGUGCGUCCAGUCCAGGAGGCAGCGUGGAGAGAGAGAGAGGCGGUAAGUGAGCAGAAAUCCACAAAAACACCUGCGUCAAGACAGGCACCUCUGGAGGAUGUUUGAAGAUGAUUUUUCAGCUCACAAGAGACGCAAGACAAGAUUGCAAGAGAUCCGACUGAUCCGUGUUGAAAUUUUUAAAACCUCCAAAGAGCCUACAUUUUUAUAUUUUGGGUAACAUAACGCAUGCCAGACUUCAGCAGUAGACCUCAGCCAAUCAGAUCGCACAGUCACCAAAACAGUGAAGCACUCGCGUUGCAUUUUAUUUAUUUAUUUUUUUUUUGAUUAAGCGAAAACACAGUGAUAAGAAGUAACCUACAUGCCCCACCACGCUGUUAGUCUCUGGGCUAAAAAUAUCAUCUCUAAUGAUCCAUGAUUUGGAAUGGACCAAGAUCUGACCCUCAUUCACUUGCUAUCACACCUGGGCUAACACUGCAGACACUGUGAGGCACUGACUUCUGGGAGACCCAACCCUCCUCAAUGAAGCAGUUCUGGUGGGCCCAUUUGGCACAGCUCAGUCUGGUUGCUGUGUGGACUUUUAUAUGGCUGGUCCAGGGAUGUGGACCAGGCCCGCGAUACGGCACCCGUCCCAGGCCCAGAAAGCUCACAGCUAUGCGCCUCAAGCAGUUUUUCCCCAACUUAUCAGAGAACAACCUGGGGGCCAGUGGGAGAGCAGAGGGCAAGAUCGCACGCAACUCUGAGCGUUUCAAUGAACUUGUGUCCAAUUACAACCCAGACAUUGUCUUCAAGGACGAGGAGAACACCGGCGCAGACCGCUUAAUGACUAAGCGAUGUAAGGAGUGUUUGAACAGGUUGGCUAUUGCAGUGAUGAACCAGUGGCCAGGGAUACACUUGCGUGUGACAGAGGCCUGGGAUGAAGAUGGUAACCAUCCUCCUGGCUCUCUGCACUAUGAAGGCCGGGCUGUGGAUAUAACCACGUCUGAUAGAAGACCUGAUAAGUAUGGUAUCCUGGCCCAGCUGGCUGUGGAGGCAGGCUUUGACUGGGUCCACUAUGAGUCCAAACAUCGCGUCCACUGCUCCGUAAAAGCUGAUCAUUCUCUUGCUGUGGAGAAAGGUGGCUGUUUCCCAGGCUGGGCCUGGGUAACUGUUGCUGGAGGGAUGCAGAAGACCCUGUCAUCACUUUCUCCUGGGGACAGAGUCAUGGCCCUAUCUGGGACAGGCCAAGUCGUGUAUAGCCAAGUCCUCUUGUUUCUCCAUCAGGAUCAACAAAGCUGGUCUACUUUUCUGUCUCUGGAGACAGAAGAUGGACAUAGAUUGGCCCUUACUGCAAAUCACUUGCUCUUUUUAGACCCACACUGCAGACAAGACAACAGUGAGUACCAGGGUCAAUUUGCAAGCAGGGCCAGACCAGGAGACUGUGUUCUCAUCCAUACAGCAGAGCAGCAAGUACAUCCAUCCCAAAUCAUAUCAGUUUCACUAACGGAAAGUCUGGGAGUGUAUGCACCAUUGACAGAAGCUGGAACUUUGUUUGUUGAUGGUGUGCUGGCAUCCAGCUACGCACUGGUGGAGGACCACAGACUCGCACACUGGGCUUUUGGACCUCUGCGACUCUUCUUCUCGUUCGAGCAGCUACUUUGGGGGGAAAAGGCAGAAGAACAGCAGGACACUGACAGUCAAAAAAGUUGCACUAAAACUCCAAUACAUGUUAGCACUUUGGCUACAAGGGACAAAGCAGGUGUGUAUCUGAAUAAUGGCAUUUUGAUCAAGCAAAUCAAUCUGAGUGAGCCUCUGAGGAUAGAAACUAAAGAGAAGCAGCCCUUGCAAACACAGUCAUCAGAGGUGCAUUGGUAUGCUAGAUUACUCUACAGUUUUGGAUGUAUUCUUUUAGACUCCAAGUCAUUUCAUCCUUAAAAACUAAAAUCUAUGCACACUUAAUACAUGCCAUAGCCUACUGCUCCUUUGAUACAAUACGCUAACACCUCCAAUUCCUUUCUUAAAGGAUUGAAAGACACUGGAAAUGCUUUUGCUAGCUUUUUUUUUUCCACUAUUUCUUUUUUUUUUGUAUAAUAAUCUGUCAUAUUAUACAUGCUAACAACUGUAUAAGAAACUGAACAUGAUGAGACACUUUGAGCAUGUUAAUAUAAAAACAGUAAAACCAAAUGACUGUAUCAUAGUUUUGUUUUGGAUUUUUUUUUUGUAUGUUUUUUAUUUCAGCUAUAUAUGUAAAAAUAUAUAUUCUAUUGGGACAAGAAUUAAAUCCCUGAAUAAUAGAAUCUUUAUUUUUGUACUUUCCGAAUCAUAAUAUAUAAAUAUAAAUGUUUUGUUUUAUUAUAAUUUUUCUACUACUACAUGUGCUGCAUGCCCUUGCUUGUUUUCAUGUCAUAAAUCAAAUUAAAAUGGAAUUUUAUGAAAUGGCA